AUGUCGGGAAGGUCCAGAUCUCGCAUUUGGUUACCCAAGAGGCAUGUCAGGGUGCUGAAGGCUCUGCGAGUUCAGAACCAAUGUGUUAAUAUGGACAGGGCCAUUCUAAAGACAGAACAGGAGAUAAGAACAAAAGAACCAUUUUUGCGCGUCAUCAACCAGCGAUGCCUAGGACAAAUAAAAAAAUCCGACCAAAAGGUCCGGAAGGGCAACAGGAAGGCCAAGAUUAAGGUCUUUCUAGCCGAGUCGGACGAUGUCGAUGACGAAGUCGACGACACCAAUAAGCUCUGCUACCUGGCGCCCAGCCUUUCGCUGGAGUCCUUUGAUCGAAUCCUGGAUGAGUUGAGCAUCGACUUCCGGGGACAUAGCAACGCCGUGGUCGGUGGCGACUUUAACGCCUGGGCUAUCGAAUGGGGAUCUUCCCGGACAAACGCAAGAGGCCGCGCGGUAGAAACGGCAACGGCUGUUAGUGUCGGCCAAGCCAGAAAAGCCUCCUACAGGCCAAUCUGCCUGCUGGACAUAAUAGGCAAAGUCUUCGAGAUGGUGAUCGCAACCAGGAUGACAGAAGCCAUCGAAGCAGCGGGCAGCCUAUCCCCUGAGCAAUACGGCUUCAGGAAGGGAAGGUCUACCAUUGACGCCAUCGUGAAGGUGGUUAAGGUGGCUAGGGAAGCCAUCACUGGUUCCAGAAACGCGUUCAACACGGCUGACUGGGGGCGGACACUGGAGUCCCAGAGGAUGUUUAACAUCCCUAGCUACCUGCUGAAUAUAGCGCUAAGCUACUUUAGCAACAGAGUGCUCACGAUGGACACAUGCCUGGGUUCCAGAGCAUACAAAGUCUUAGCCAGAGUCCCGCAGGGCUCCGUUUUGGGACCCCUGCUCUGGAACGCCAUGUACGACGGAGUUCUGAGACUCCCAAUGCCAGUGGGCACCAGCCUGGUUGGUUUUGCCGAUGACGUCGCCAUAGUGGUGGUAGCCAAGGAGCUAGCUACGGUGGAGGCCCACGCCGACGCAGCGGUGCAGGCUGUUGAGUCGUGGCUAGCGAACGCAGGGCUGCAGCUGGCGGCCCACAAGACGGAGGCGGUGCUUGUCUCAAGUCGGAAAGCGGUGGAGACAGCUAGCGUGAGCGUCGGUGAAACCAUGAUACGGUCCCAAAGGGCAAUCCAGUACCUUGGCGUCCUUCUCGACACGCGCCUGUGUUUCAAGGAGCACCUGGACUUUGUCCACAAGAAGGCCAGCGGAACGGCAGGAGCGCUAUCCAGGAUGCUUCUAAACACUAGAGGGCCGAAGCAGGCAACCAGGAAAUUGCUCACGACGGUUGUGACGUCGCAGAUGCUGUAUGCAGCGCCAGUGUGGGCGGAAGCCGCUAAGGCAUCGUGCGCCGUCAGAAUCGCGUGCGCCUUCAUCGCCGGACAAGUCCCGGAGCUCAUUCAGGAGAGGGCGGAGAACUACGCAGUCGCGCAGGACAGGGAAGCAACCCUGCAGACUAGAGCAGAGUCGAAGGUUACCGCCAAAAGGAGGAGCUUCGAGAACUGGCAAAAUCGCUGGGACUCCUCGCAAAAGGACGCUGGACGCACACGCUCAUCCCGAACCUAUCGAGCUCGCUACUUAAAGCGAUUCGGCCACGAGACGGAGGACUGUUGCCCAGAGUUUGGCUCCGGCGUCGUCGAGGACGCUCAGCACGUGCUGUUCGAGUGCCACCGAUUUGACCACGAGCGACAUGAGCUGGAGGCGGUAGCAGGGUCCAGAAUCUUGGUUGUGCUGAUGAUGCUGGCAGACCAGCGAGUGUGGGAGGCUCCAGCGACAUUCGCCGCGGAAGUUAUGAAGUCUCUCAGGGAGUUGGAGCGAAGGCGAAAGGAGCAGACGGAGUAG